CAUGUUCUAAAAAUGUCACCUUUGAGCAUUCACAGACAAACUCUCUCUCUCUCUCUCUGUCUCUCUAUAGAUGUAUGUAUACAGAUAUCUUUAUGUCAAACAUAUAUAGAUCUUUAAAAAAGUGUAUGCAAAUAUUAAUUUAAAAAUCUUUAUCUCUCCCUUUAAUCAAUACCCACAAUCCCUUCCCCCCUCCCCCUUCCUCAAUCCCCACUUCCCAUUUUCUCUCUUCAGAAAUCAAGAAUUGGGAAACUUGAAAAGUUUGCAUUUUGAUUUUCUCCUUCAUGUUUUGUUUCUUUGGAGGGUUUCUAAGAUGACAAAACACAGAGAGAGACAUUUUGUCCCAAUCUUCCUUUGUUUGUUUCUCGUCUAAUUUUUCUUAAGAAAACAAUUCUCUGUUUUUCGCUCACUCCCUCACUCUUCCCGCCCAAUAUUCUCUAAACUAAAACAUGAACAACAACAAUCCUACUCUCUUCUUCUUCCUCUUUUUCUUCCUUGUUUUCCUCUCUUUUUCCUUUUCCUAUGCUGGAAAUGACACAAAUGCCCUCACUCUCUUCCGUCUCCAGACCGACACCCACGGCAACCUCCACCGCAAUUGGACUGGUUCCAACGCCUGCUCCGCCACGUGGCGCGGCGUGCUCUGUUCCUCCGAUGGCCGCGUCACUGAGCUCUCACUUCCUUCCCUCUCCCUGCGUGGUCCGCUUACCUCACUGUCCCUUCUGGACCAGCUUCGCAUUCUUGAUCUCCAUGAUAACCGUCUGAAUGGUACGAUUUCGCCUCUUGUUAACUGUACCAACCUUAAGCUUCUUUACCUCUCUGGGAACGACUUCUCCAGCGAGAUACCGCCGGAGAUCUCGUCUCUCAAGCGUCUCUUGCGACUAGACCUCUCCGACAACAACAUUCGUGGAGCAAUUCCCGAUGAGAUGUCAAACUUGAGUAAGCUCCUGACGCUCCGGCUCGAGAACAACGAGCUCACGGGCCAAAUUCCCGACCUCUCCAACAUUAAAGCACUGAAAGAACUUAACUUGUCCAACAACGAGUUCUACGGUCGGUUGCCCGACGCUUUGUUGAGGAAAUUCGGCGGGCAGAGUUUCUCCGGAAACGAGGGGAUUUGCGGGUCGGAUCCUCUGCCCAUUUGCUCAUUCACCCCGUCUUCUCCUCAAAUAGUCCCCUCGAACCCGAGCUCAAUUCCCCGGAGGCCAAUUCUGGGCACAGAAAAGAAUCAUUCGCGGAAAGGGCUGGGCGCGGGAGCCAUAGCGGCGAUCGUGCUAGCGAAUUGCGUGGCUUUACUCGUGGUGACGUCCUUCCUCGUGGCGUACUAUUGCGGGAGGGAUCGAAGCUCGAGCUCCAAGGCAGGAAGCGUGGAAAGCGGGAAGAGAAGGAGCAGCUAUGGAAGCGAGAAGAAAGUUUACACGAACGGAGGCGGUGGUGACGACAGUGACGGAACUAACGCCACUGAUCGAAGCAAGCUGGUCUUUUUCGAGAGGAGGAAGUUUGAGCUGGAGGAUUUGUUGCGUGCUUCUGCGGAAAUGCUGGGGAAAGGUAGUCUCGGCACGGUGUACAAAGCCGUGCUCGACGAUGGCAGCGCCGUCGCCGUGAAGAGACUCAAGGAUGCCAACCCAUGUCCCAGGAAGGAGUUCGAGCAGUACAUGGACGUGAUUGGAAACCUCAAGCACCCAAACGUUGUGCGGCUCAGAGCUUAUUACUACGCUAAAGAAGAGAAGCUUCUUGUUUAUGAUUAUCUCCCUAACGGAAGCUUGCAUUCCCUUCUUCAUGGGAACAGGGGACCAGGGAGGAUUCCGUUGGAUUGGACAACGAGGAUCAGCUUGGUGUUGGGUGCUGCUCGGGGGCUGGCAAGGGUUCAUGAAGAGUACGCAGCGUCAAAAAUCCCCCAUGGAAACGUGAAAUCUUCCAACGUCUUGCUGGACAAAAACGGCGUCGCUUUAAUCUCCGAUUUUGGACUCUCUCUUCUUCUGAACCCGGCUCACGCCAUCGCACGAUUAGGAGGGUACAGAGCUCCAGAGCAGGCGGAGGUCAAGAGACUGUCUCAAAUGGCGGAUGUGUACAGCUUCGGCGUCUUGCUGUUAGAAGUGCUGACAGGAAGAGCUCCAUCGCAGUAUCCUUCCCCAACUAGACCGCGCAUGGAGGAGGGUCAGGAGCAGAUGAUGGAUCUGCCGAAAUGGGUUCGAUCCGUGGUGAAGGAAGAGUGGACGGCGGAGGUUUUUGAUCAAGAACUUCUGAGGUACAAGAACAUUGAGGAGGAGCUGGUGGCUAUGCUCCAUGUGGGUCUGGCUUGCGUGGUGCCUCAGCCUGAAAAACGGCCGACCAUGGCGGAGGUGGCGAAGAUGAUUGAAGAUAUCAGAGUGGAACAGUCUCCUCUCGGAGAAGAUUAUGAUGAAUCGCGCAAUUCAAUUUCACCUUCGGUUGCCACCACAGAAGAUGGGAUAUAAGGUUACUAGACUUGCUUGGUUUCAUGGCAGCCUGUGGUUUGUUCUUGUGUUGUUUGGUAAGCCUUAUUCAUGUUUAUUUUCCUCGCAUUGUUGCAGGCGAGAGAGAUCAGAUGAUCUUCCCCAUCAAGCAACCAGAUUACUUUUAUUUAGACUUGUUUGUCUGUCAUGUAUUUGUUUUUUUCUCUUUUAUGCCAUUAAGCAAAUCUUCAGUUAAUAAACAAUCUUCCACUCAA